AUGGCCACCCCUCCUGCGGAUACUGGGCCACCCCCUGAGGCCCAGACAUCUCCUGAGCCCACAGAACCUGUUUCUGCCUCUGUGGUGGUGGUAGUUGACUCACCCGAGGCUCCUCCAGAAGCUACAGGAUCUCAAGAGGAACCAGAUGUGACCAUCCAAUCAAAAUCCUCUUCUCUCAAUGAUUUGAAAUCCCAGCCUGCUGCAAAUGGGGGGCCCAGGGCCCCUAGCCUUACUGGCUCUGAGGGCCGCCUGGCACAAGCUGCCUCUAACUCUCCGAGGCCCAGCAUAUGUCGACAAGGGUCUACAGCCACGACCAGCGGUAUUGCUGCAGAGAAGCCCAAAGACUAUCUUCUCAUUGCCAUCCUGUCUUGCUUCUGCCCCAUGUGGCCGGUCAACAUUGUGGGAUUUGUCUAUUCCAUCAUGGUGAGUAAUUACAACUUCAUUCCUCAACCUUCUUCUACUCACUUUAUACUAGCUUAUCUCUCCUUAACCAUCCAUACGCCAUCUAUCAUUACCCAUACAUACACCCUCCUACCGUUACUCUUACAUACUCCCUCCUACCGUUACUCAUACACAUUCCCUCCUACCGUUACUCAUACACAUUCCCUCCUACCGUUACUCAUACACACUCCCUCCUACCGUUACUCAUACACACUCCUUCCUACCGUUAUUCACACACACUCCCUCCUACCGUUACUCAUACACACUCCCUCCUACCGUUACUCUUACACUCUCCUUCCUACUGUUACUCAUACACACUCCCUCCUACCGUUACUCAUACACACUCCUUCCUACCGUUACUUAUACAUAUUCCUUCCUACCGUUACUUAUACAUCCUCCCUCCUACCGUUACUCACACAUACUUCCUCCUACCGUUACUCAUAUAUACGCCCUCCUACCGUUACUCAUACACACUCCUUCCUACCGUUACUCAUACACACUCCUUCCUACCGUUAUUCACACACACUCCCUCCUACCGUUACUCAUACACACUCCCUCCUACCGUUAUUCACACACACUCCCUCCUACCGUUACUCAUACACACUCCCUCCUACCGUUACUCUUACACACUCCUUCCUACUGUUACUCAUACAUCCUCCCUCCUACCGUUACUCUCACAUACUUCCUCCUACCGUUACUCAUACAUACGCCCUCCUACCUUUACUCAUAUGCCUUGGUCAACACAUAACACCAAAUAAGGAAUUUCCACUAAAAGUCAUUAAUGUUUGAAUUUCAACCUUUACUUUAGAACUUUGUAUUUUAACCUUUAACUCAUCCCCAGUUAUUGACAUUCAGAUCCCCCUGUGCCAUCCGAGGGUGAUAGAUGAGGGUGAUAUCAUGAUAUCAUUCUGCAGGAAUCAGAAACGAAGGGCAGAUUCUCAGUGUCUCAGAAUGAUUUGUGGGGUAUAAUGAGCUGGGCACAGAUUGGUGGGUAAAUAGACAGAUUCUUGGGGUGCACUGACACAUUCACAGCCUAAACUAACAGAUUCCUGGGGUACAAUGGAGGAUACUCAAGGGUAAUGUCCAGAUUCCUGCGGUGCAAUUGCAGAUUCUCAGGGGUAAUGUCCUCUGCACUUGGGGCAGUUACAUACUCUUGGUCUGAAUGGGGACACUGACAGAUUCUCUGUUUUUUACUGUGACAAUGUCGUCAUAUAGAGUAUGUAAUAAACGGUUAAUAUAGACACAUUCUGCAGUGAGGAUGGUUAGUAGGUUAGUGAGUGACAGGAUGAGUGGGAGGUUGGUGAGUGUGAGGGUGAGUGGGAGGUUGGUGAGGGUGAGUGGGAGGUUGGUGAGUGUUAGUGGGAGGUUGGUGAGGGUUAGUGGGAGGUUGGUGAGUGUGAGGGUGAGUGGGAGGUUGGUGAGGGUGAGUGGGAGGUUGGUGAGGGUUAAUCGGAGGUUGGUGAGUGUGAGGGUUAUUGGGAGUUUAGUGGGAGGUUGGUGAGGGUGAGGGUGAGUGGGACGUUGGUGAGGGUUAGUGGGAGGUUGGUGAGUGAGGUUAGUGAUUAGAACAGUGGUAUGAUGGGAUUCCUGCUCUGUCAGCAUCAGCCACAGCAGCUCAGGUAAAGCUCGUUAACAGUAAUUAAUAAUAAGGCAGGUCCUCCAUGACACAUGGGAACACACAGACAUGGAUACAGACAUGUGCACAAAUAUACCGACACGGAUACACUCACAGAUAUACACAAAUACAGAGGUGGACACAGACACAUAUACACAUAUGUGCAGAAACAGACACAGAUGUACAGAAACAUGAAUACCCAGACAGAUAUACAAAAAAGGGUGAAUACCAAGAAGUUACAACAGGACACACAAAGCAUUACGAACACACAAUCCCAAAGAGACACAGGGGCAUACACACAGCCAUCCCAGCACACAAACAAAUGUAAAAUUAAUCACAGAACAAGCUGUGUAAAUAAUGUGCAUCAACACACAUAGUGACUGAGAACAUGGGGGGGACAGACAGUGAGGAAAGGAGUGAUGGACAUAAUUGGAGCAGACGGGGGUGGGGUGCACAGUCUGGAUGUGUUUGGAAGGCAGUGUGGGUUGGAUUGUUAGCAGUCUCAGUGGAGAUGGUUAGGUAGGAUGAGACACUGCUUGGCUGGGCUCAGGUCAGGGUGGGUUGGAGCAGUUUCAGUGGAGAUGGUUAGGUAGGAUGAGACACUGCUUGGCUGGGCUCAGGGCAGGGUGGGUUGGAGCAGUCUCAGUGGAGAUGGUUAGGUAGGAUGAGACACUGCUUGGCUGGGCUCAGGGCAGGGUGGGUUGGAGCAGUCUCAGUGGAGAUGGUUAGGUAGGAUGAGGCACUGCUUGGCUGGGCUCAGGUCAGGGUGGGUUGGAGCAGUCUCAGUGGAGAUGGUUAGGUAGGAUGAGGCACUGCUUGGCUGGGCUCAGGGCAGGGUGGGUUGGAGCAGUCUCAGUGGAGAUGGUUAGGUAGGAUGAGGCACUGCUUGGCUGGGCUCAGGUCAGGGUGGGUUGGAGCAGUCUCAGUGGAGAUGGUUAGGUAGGAUGAGGAACUGCUUGGCUGGGCUCAGGGUGGGUUGGAGCAGUCUCAGUGGAGAUGGUUAGGUAGGAUGAGACACUGCUUGGCUGGGCUCAGGGCUCCCUAUAGGCAGAGCAGACACCUGCCUACAUUCACCUGACCACUAAUGGACGCCUGUUUUCAGCACUUAUAACAUGCGUUUUGUUUUUCUGAUUGAAAGGAACACUAUGGUAUACCUGGCAAUAUAGUGUUAAGCCAGGGGUGCCAAAAGGUAGAUCUCCAAAUGUUGUAAAAUGAAAGCAUCAUGAGAGUUGUAGUUUUGAACACCAAAGUGUUAAACUCAAUUCCCAGCCCCCCUUAUAUUGCAGUAAAAAGGUGUUUACACUUACAUUUUUUCCCACACCACCUCAAUGGCUGAGAUCAUCAGUCUUGAUGAUCUCAGCCAAUCUAAUGCUUUCCAAUAGAAAAGCAUUGGGAGACUAUUAGUAAUGCGCAGCAAAAUGCCACACUGCACCAAUCAACAUCUGCUCAUAGAGAUGCAUUGAAUUAAUAAAUCUCUAUGGGGAACGUGCAGCUGCAGGAACAGUUAUAGCGGGUGUUACACUCAGUGCUGUCCCAGCCUCCAGUGUCUGUGUGUGAGGCUGGACAGGAACAGCCUCUCACACAGGAAAUGCCUUGUAGGAGGAGCAAGGGAAGUUCUGAGUGAUGCACACUGUAUCACAGCUCCGGCUGCUCUAAUAUCAUCAAUCUGACUGCUCUACAGAGACAUAGGAGGGUGAGUACUUUGCAGAUAACUCCUCAAACCCCACGUGCCCUAAACACCUGGUUUUUCUAACUCUAAAUUUAACCCCUCCCAAAAUCUUAUGAGACUCAUUCCUUGUUCCGAAAUUUAAGAACUCAAGAACCGAAACGUAAAAAUAAUUUUUUACCUUAAUUCUAUAAUUCCUCUUAGAAAAUAAACACCUCAUGAACCCCAAUAUUAAAUUUAACCCACCCCUAGCCCUAAACUCAAUAAAGGGAAACUUUAGUGCCAGGUUUAAAAGUGGUUGAAACACCCUUCUGUCCUUGUCCUUCGGCGCUGACUCGGGUCCAGCCUUCACUCCUCCCCCGCACUCACAUUAGGGCUUUCCUAUGGGGAUUCCGGUGAUGCUGGAUUUCCUCAUGCAGAGCAUGAGGACGAGCAGCGGCAGUUUGUUGCCUAAAGUUGCCUCUAGUGACUGUCUGUUACAGACUGGCUGGGGUUACUGGGGUUCAGAGGAUCAGGUUGGGGGCACAGACUGGCUGGGGUUACAGUGAAUCAGAGGAUCAGGUUGGGGGCACAGACUGGCUGGAUUUACCAGGGGUCAGAGGAUCAGGUUGGGGGCACAGACUGGCUGGGUUUACCAGGGGUCAGAGGAUCAGGUUGGGGGCACAGACUGGCUGGGUUUACCAGGGGUCAGAGGAUCAGGUUGGGGGCACAGACUGGCUGGGUUUACCAGGGGUCAGAGGAUCAGGUUGGGGGCACAGACUGGCUGGGUUUACCAGGGGUCAGAGGAUCAGGUUGGGGGCACAGACUGGCUGGGUUUACCAGGGGUCAGAGGAUCAGGUUGGGGGCACAGACUGGCUGGGUUUACCAGGGGUCAGAGGAUCAGGUUGGGGGCACAGACUGGCUGGGUUUACCAGGGGUCAGAGGAUCAGGUUGGGGGCACACUGGCUGGACAGGGGUCAGAGGAUCAGACUGGCUGUUACCGGGGGUCAGAGGAUCAGGUUGGGGGCACAGACUGGCUGGUGUUACUAGGGGUCAGAGGAUCAGGUUGGGGGCACAGACUGGCUGGGAUUACAGGGGUCAGAGGAUCAGGUUAGUGCACAGACUGGCUGGUGUUACUAGGGGUCAGAGGAUCAGGUUGGGGGCACAGACUGGCUGGGAUUACAGGGGGUCAGAGGAUCAGGUUGGUGCACAGACUGGCUGGUGUUACUAGGGGUCAGAGGAUCAAGUUGGGGGCACAGACUGGCUGGGAUUACAGGGGGUCAGAGGAUCAGGUUGGGGGCACAGACUGGCUGGUGUUACAGGGGGUCAGAGGAUCAGGUUGGGGGCACAGACUGGCUGGUGUUACAGGGGGUCAGAGGAUCAGGUUGGGGGCACAGACUGGCUGGGAUUACAGGGGGUCAGAGGAUCAGGUUGGGGGCACAGACUGGCUGGAGUUACCGGGGGUCAGAGGAUCAGGUUGAGGGCACAGACUGGCUGGGAUUACAGGGGGUCAGAGGAUCAGGUUGGGAGCACAGACUGGCUGGUGUUACAGGGGGUCAGAGGAUCAGGUUGGGGAGGGUAAGUUACAGACUGGUUGGGGUCUAAGGAUUUGGCUGUAAGUAGUGGAAAGGGAUAAUCUAUAAAUGGGGUUUGGUUAGAAAGGUGUUCUCUCUCUAUGGGGUUUGGUGGGAGAAUGGAUGUGGGUGGAGGUUGAAGACAAAUGAGGGAGAGGACAAAAGAUGAUGAUUUAGAGUGCACCUCGUCCUUUCUGAUCAUGUGACACUAAUAUAACAAACACUCUCUCUCUCUCUUUCGCCCCUAGUCUCGUAACAGCCUUCAGCAAGGGGACGUGGAUGGGGCCCUGAGACUGGGUCGCGUAGCAAAGCUCCUGAGCCUUGUGGCGUUGGUGGGUGGAGUCCUGAUUAUCAUUGUGUCCUGCGUCAUCAACUUUGGAUGUAAGUUUACAAUCUACAGUAACACACAGUGACACAACACACAACCCUACAGUGAAACACAGUAUCACAAGCCCAAAGUAAACACAAAGAUACAAUAUUACAAACACACAUUAAUAUAACACACAUUAAAAUAAUAUAAAAAAUACAGUAACACACAUUAACAUAUCACAAACGUACAGUAACACACAUUAGCAUAAUAUCACAAACAUACAGUAACACACAAUAGCAGAAUAUCACAAACGUACAGUAACACACAUUAACAUAUCACAAACGUACAGUAACACACAAUAGCAGAAUAUCACUGGAGGUGAUGGCAGAUAGAAUUAGUAGUAUAACUGCAGUAACAUGUGAAGGGAAUGAGGAGGUGAUUGGUUGUGGUUCCAAACAGCUGGAAGUGCAUGUUAUAUAGUUAGAAGGAACUGGGGCGAGUUGGUGUAGUUGCAUUGUGGAAUUGGACUUAAGGAAUAGAGAUAGACACAGUGAGUGGGGAGAUAGAGAUAGAUAGGGAAGUGGGAGGCUGGGGUGUAAAACAUAGCAGACAUUUGUUGUAUACAAAUGAAAUAUUUUUCAAAAUAAUUCUAUCAGCAAAAAUAUAAACUACAUGUAACUGCAAGUAUAACAAAUUACAAUAGUAAACUAAGCAAAGUGGAGCAUUGUCUAAGUAAAUACAGUGAUUAGUCACAACAUUAAAACCACUUGCCUAACAUCGUGUAUGUCCCCCUCGUACCGCCAAAACAGCUCUGAUGCGGCACGGCAUGGGGUCCAUAAGAUCUCUGAACAUGUCCUGUGGUAUCUGGAACCAAGACAUUAGCAGCAGAUCCUUUAAGUCCUGCAUGUUGCAAGGUCUGGCUUCCAUGGAUCAGAUUUGUUGUUCCAGCACACCAAACAGAUGCUCAGUCAGAUUUGGAGGCCAAGGCAACACCUGGAACUCAUUGUCAUGUUCCUCAAACCAUUCCUGAACAAUGUUUGCAGUGUUGCAGGGUGCAUUAACCUGCUGAAAGAGGUCACACCUAUCAGGGAACACCAUUACCAUGGAGUGUACAUGGUCUGAGACAAUCUCUAGGUAGGUGGUACGUGUCAAAGGAACAUCUGCAUGAAUGCUAACACCCAUGGUUUCCCAGGAUAAUAUUACCCAAAGCAUAACAUCCGCCGGCCUGCCUGCCUUCUUCCAAUAGUGCAUCCUGCCGUCAUCUCUUCCCCAGGUAAACGACGCACACGCAGCUGGCCAUCCACCUAAUCAUGGGCUCGCUAACUGAUCUUCGAUUACGCAGCCCCAUACGCUGCAAACUGUGAUGCACUGUGUGUACUCACCUUGUUCCACCAUGGCCAGCAUUAAGUUUUUAACAAUUUGAGCUAUAUUCGCUCUUCUGUGUGAUCAGACCAGACUGGCUAGUUUUCACCCCCCAGUGCAGCAAUGAGCCUUGAGGGCGCCCAUGACCCGGACAUCGGUUUGUCUAGUUGUCCUUUGCACCACAUUCGGUAGGUACUAACCACUGCAUACUGGGAACACCCCACAAGACUUUUUGGAGAUGCUCUGACCAAGUCGGCUAGCCAUCACCAUUUGACCCUUGUCAAAGUCACUCAGAUCAUUUCGCUUGCCCAUUUUUCCUAUUCAAAACACAUGAAAUUCAAGAACUGACUGUUCACUUACUGUCUAAUAUAUCCCAGCCCUUGACAAGUGCCAUUGUAACGGCAUAAUCAGCGUUACUCACUUCACCUGUCAGUGGGUUUAAUGUUGUGGCUGAUCAGUGUAAAUAAAGUUUGGUGAAGUAUUUUCCAAAUUCCACUCAGUACCAUGAAGCUGCAUUGAGAGGUGGAAUGAAAUGGCUUUGUUUCUGUUACUUUGUGCACAAUGACAAAUGUUAUACUACAGCGUGACACAAUAACGUAACAUUAUAAACCCGCAAUAAGUCAUAGCGACACUCUACAAACCGACCCAAAAUGGAUGAUAAUUGACAUUGCGUGCCAGUUUGUGUGAUAUUUCUGCUAAUUAUAUGUAAUCACGAAAAUAAAAAACUCUCCAGGGUAACAAAGACAUUGGAACUCUCCAGUGUUUGAGUGGUAGAAUAACUCGGAAAAUGUGGAAAGAGCAAUUCCAGGGCAAAGGUCUAGCGGUCACCAUGGAAACCAGUGAAAUAUUCCUGCUGAUUUCUACACUUUUAGAAAUGUUCCCAAGAUUGUUCUUCAAUAAUAACCUACUUGGUCCAUCAUGUUAAACCUCUCCAAAUACCCAUUAUAGAAGGAUAUAUAGGAUAAGUUCAAUACCCCCCCCUACAAAGAGCCAGACUUACUAAACAAAUGUUAGUCCAAUAAAUAGUAUGCUAUAGUGCAGUGCACAAUCUGUCCAAUAUAUAUUCUAUGAAAGUCUAAUAGUCUGAUACAUAGUCCGUGUUACUCAGUUACGCAGUCCCCGUUACUCCGAUACGCAGUCCGUGUUACUCCGAUACGCAGUCCCCGUUACUCCGAUACGCAGUCCGUGUUACUCCGAUACGCAGUCCCCGUUACUCCGAUACGCAGUCCGUGUUACUCCGAUACGCAGUCCGUGUUACUCCGAUACGCAGUCCGUGUUACUCCGAUACGCAGUCCCCGUUACUCCGAUACGCAGUCUGUGUUACUCCGAUACGCAGUCUGUGUUACUCCGAUACGCAGUCCGUGUUACUCCGAUACGCAGUGCGUGUUACUCCGAUACAUAGGUUGUGUAUUCCGAUACGUAGUCCGUGUUAAUUUUAAAGUAUUAUGUACAUACAGGAGUCAUAACAGAAAGUCAGAUGUUUACAGAAGCACAGUCACAUACGUAUAGAAGUGCAUCACCAUGUGUGUAUAUAUAUAUACGCAUACAUACAUACACACACACACACACACACACACACACGGUGAUGCACUUAUAUACAUAUAUAUAUAAACAAGAGUGUAAACUCCAUAAUAUGUCUGCCUCAUUUUUAAGUUAUGUAAGAAACGUGCUAGGUACACCUGUCUAAUCUAUAACUAAGAACAUGCUAGAGGUCAAACUGACAGGUAGCUGGAGAGUAGUAUAAUAAGAGUAAAAGUAAUUACAUUAUGUCUAGCUAGGAUUGCAUGAGAGGUUAACCAUUGAGGCCCCACACACUCACACGGUACCGGGCUGACUGAUAUAGGCCUUGUUGAUAUGCCCUGUGGCUGUAAGUAAGCAUUAAGGCUGGGAUUAGAUGUAGCAGGCUCAAUAUAGAGGUGACAUCAUUAUAGCCCUGAUAACACUGCCCUCUGGUAAAUCACUGCCGUUCGUAGGUCAAGUAGGUAAAGGAAACAAAAAACAAAAACUAAGAUACUAUGGGCUAUCGCUGAAUAACGUCUGCAGAUCAUGUGUAACUGGCCAUGGCUCAGCGUCAGCCAUCUCCUAGACAAGGAAACUUGCAGGGGUGGCUCGGAGGUAGUCCAAUGCUAAGUGUGGCAUCCCUCCAGCCCCGGGCUGCGUUGAGGGCCUGCAUCGGAAUACCACGGACUCUGGGGCUCACGGCUGGGCUCAAGUCCUUCCUUAUCGGGAUGGAUGUUCGCUGCCUGCGGUGUUUGGUCUUCUGCCUCCAUGGGUGAUGCGUUGGGAGGAUAUCCCUGGUGGCUCUCAGCCCAGGCGGGCUCAAUACAGGGAACUUAACAGCUUGGCGGGAAGUUUCGCCCGGAGCUGGCUCACGUGCCCCUUUACCUUCCCUCUGCCUUCCACUGUUCCGGCCAUAUGUUGUUGAAGUAGUUUGCUGCCUUUAGUUGUGCCCAGAAAUGGGUGAAGAUCUCAUCCAGCCAUAUAAGCAUGUGUUCCACUGCAGCUCAUCCAGCUGGCACUUCAGGCCUUUCCUGAUGCUCAGGAGUAAAAGGCGUAUCCGCCAUUUUGAGGGGUAGCAUCGUGGUCUUUCCCCAGUAGUGUCCGCUGCUUAUGGUCAGGGAGAUGAGUGGAGCUAAUCAGUGGGGACCGGGAUAACCCCCACUGGUCAAAAGGGAGGGGGCGAUAUUCAGGAGUAUCAGCGUCAGCCAAAGAACCAGGAGGGCGACCGUCUCUCCCUGGUUCGGUCAUGUGUAGGCUGCAAGCCUCGAGCAGGACAGCCCAGAGUCGGGGAUGCUCGUGUGAGGUACCAUUGUGUACAGCAGUGACCGCUGGGUAAGAUUAGUGCAGGUUGCAGUCGAAAAAACAUAAGUAGCAGGGGUAUUAUACCCCGAUAUCGGUCUCCAGACACAGGGGCUUCUGCUGAGCAUGCCUGGUCUGCUUGGCAGUCAGGCUCCCCCCCCGCCCCCCCCUCCAUAGUCCUUGAAAAUCCAAUAUAUAAUCUGUGUGAGUCUAAAACAUAGUUUGUGUGAAUCUAUUGUAUAGUUUAUUUUAGUCCCAUACAUAUCCUGUUAUAGCCCAAUACCUGUACACAGUCUGUGUUAGUCUGAUAUAUAAUCUGUGUUAUUCUGGCACACAGUCCACUACAGUCCUAUACAUAAUCCAUGCUUAUCUGUGUUAAUCCGAUACAUAAUCCAUGCUGAUCUGUCUUAAUCCGAUAUAUAAUCCAUGCUGAUCUAAAUUAGUUCCGAUACAUAAUCUGUGUUAAUCCGAUACAUAGUCCAUAUUAAUCUGUGUUAUUCCAAUACAUAGUCCAUAUUAAUCUGUGUUAAUCCGAUACAUAGUCCAUAUUAAUCUGUGUUAAUCCGAUACAUAGUCCAUAUUAAUCUGUGUUAUUCCAAUACAUAGUCCAUAUUAAUCUGUGUUAAUCCGAUACAAAGUCACCCUCCUGCAAAAGGUAGGAAACAGGAGGGUGACGUAAACAUACUUGUUUUCCUGGCACUAUAGUGCCCUGAGAGUACUGCGCUGAAGGGGGAGGAAGGGGUUAAUCCCUUACCUUUUUUCCAGCGCCGGGCGCCCUCUCUCCUCCCUCUUCUGAUGUCAUCUGCUGAAUACGCAUGCGCGGCAAGAGCCGUGCGCGCAUUCUGCCAGUCUCAUAGGAAAUCGCAUUCUCAAUGCUUUCCUGUGGACGCUGGCGUCUUCUCACAGUGAAAAUCACAGUGAGAAGCGUGGAAGCGCCUCUAGCGGCUGUCAAUGAGACAGCCACUAGAGGCUGGAUUAACCCAUAUGUAAACAUAGCAGUUUCUCAGAAAGGGUUAAUCCUAGAUGGACCAUGCACCCAGACCACUUCAUUAAGCUGAAGUGGUCUGGGUGCCUACAGUGGUCCUUUAAACAUUUUGUGUAUGCGUGUGUGUGUCUGUAUGUGUCUGUGUGUAUGUAUGUAUGUGUCUUUGUGUCUGUCUGUCGGGGGGGUGUAUGUGUCUGGGGGGGGGUCACGGAUCAGUUUCACACCGGAGCCCCAUGGAUUGUGUGUACGCCACUGCUACGCACCAGGCUAAUCCCGCACUCAUGCUUCCAAAUCUGGGAGAUAUCAAUUUCAUCGGGGGGGUAAUGUAUAUCUUAAAAGCUACGUACCUCCUCCCCCCUUCUUCACAGAGGAAAACUGAGAUUCAAUCCCAAGUAGCCAACUUCUAUCCAAAAAUGACCAUCUGGCAAUACUGUGUCUCUGGGGAUUAUUUAUUACAGUGCAAAAUCUAGUUUAAAAAAAAAAAUCUCCCUACUUAGUAAUAAUCAUAAGCUAAUUUUACCCUAAAUCACUAUUUGGUUUUCAGUUGAUUACGAUUCUGUGUUUAUCAAAUAACCCCCUUUUCAUGUUAAACAAGAUGUAUGUGUUUAGAUAAAUGGUAUGCCAAGCUAAUUAGCGGUAUAACAGAUGAUGGGUCCACCUCUUUAUUAAUAAAUACAUUUAUCUCUGUCUGUACAUUGAGACCACACAGUUGUGCACAUUUAAUUUCCCCCCUAUACAGAGAAUUAGAUGUACUGUUUGUAUAUUACAGCAUUUCCAGGUCCCUCCCCUCGCACCCCACUAGGCAGGCAACAAAUCUCCAUCUGUCGGACCCCGUUAGACAGUGCAUGUUUCACUGUGUCACAGCGCCAGUCAAGCAAGACGCAAGGUUGGCUGCUGGUGACAUUAUCCGCUGAUGCGUGACAGAUAUACAGGCUUACACAGGGGAAGGUCUCUCGCUGUCACUUAAUUCACCUCCAUCUAUCAAUAUCUGUUUCUCCUGCAGUUAUACCAAAAUUUGCGAAAUCGCAAACUUUGGAGCAGAUGUACUAAUAAAAUGUGAUAUAUAAAUAAAAUGUUAACAUGCAAUUCAGAUGGUUUUCCAGCAUUUAGCAGUAAUUUAUUAAUCAUACCGUGAUCUGUUUUUAAAUUUAACGGCAGAUGUACUUGCAAAAUACGGCUGUUGUGGUGUCUUUGCUGGUGUAGCGGAGCGCUAGUUUAACAUAGACUUUCCUCCGCUGGUAUUCCAAUAGUUACUCAGGAUCAAGUAGGUUAUCAUAAGAAGAACAAUAAAAUAAUAGAGGUCCAGGCACUCCUUGGUUUAAGACAGGCACUUUAUUAAGAACCACAGGAGCAACGUUUCGACCCAAAAAGGUAUUUGUCAAGCUUGAACCAAGGAGUGCCUGGACCUCUAUUAUUUUAUUAAUUUUUGGAAAUCUGGUAUUUGAUUACGGUUCAGCAAGCACCCUGGCUCAGAUUUAUGGGAGUGAGUGCAGUUCCACACACACUACUAAAGAUCAGCAUAAGCAGUAAAUCAAGUAAUCUCCGAAUCUCCCAUCCCCUUUCCCAAUAACUGGACGACACUCAGUAUCAGGAGCAGAACUGAACUUUAAUGACACACAAUCUGCUUUUAUGCAAUCCUCCCAUGCAAGGGAGACAACCACAGAAAAUUAGGAAUUAUCCAAUCACUAGCUGGUUACAGUACACAUUUUCCCUCCCCUCAGCCUGAGAGAUAACUUAAAGGGACACUAUAGUCACCUGAACAACUUUAGCUUAAUGAAGCAGUUUUGGUGUAUAGAACAUGCCCCUGCAGCCUCACUGCUCAAUCCUCUGCCAUUUAGGAGUUAAAUCCCUUUGUUUAUGAACCCUAGUCACACCUCCCUGCAUGUGACUUGCACAGCCUUCCAUAAACACUUCCUGUAAAGAGAGCCCUAUUUAGGCUUUCUUUAUUGCAAGUUCUGUUUAAUUAAGAUUUUCUUAUCCCCUGCUAUGUUAAUAGCUUGCUAGACCCUGCAAGAGCCUCCUGUAUGUGAUUAAAGUUCAAUUUAGAGAUUGAGAUACAAUUAUUUAAGGUAAAUUACAUCUGUUUGAAAGUGAAACCAGUUUUUUUUCAUGCAGGCUCUGUCAAUCAUAGCCAGGGGAGGUGUGGCUAGGGCUGCAUAAACAGAAACAAAGUGAUUUAACUCCUAAAUGGCAGUGAAUUGAGCAGUGAAAUUGCAGGGGAAUGAUCUAUACCAGGGGUAGGCAAUCUUUUAGCAGCACUGUGCCGAUAUAGGAUUGUGAUAUCCCGUAGCGUGCUGGUCCUAUUUUUUUAAAUUGAGGUGUGUAUGCUGCCGUAUUCUGCUUGUGUUAUUUUUACUGUAAUUGCUUUGUAUUGUUGUAUUUGUGCGUAUGUGAGCUAUCAUAUUGUAUAUGUUCAUGCGUAGUUUGUGGUGUUGUGUAUGAUACAUAUCAAUGUGGGCUGUGUAUGGGGGCUGCUUGUGGAAUUGUGUGUGUGGAUGGAUAUGUCACAUUGUGUGUUUGGUAGUGUGUGUAUGUUUGGGGGCUGUUUGGGGUAUUGCAUGUGAGAUUGUGUGCAUGUAUAUGUUUUGUUAGUGGGUUACGUUUGUGCAGAUUGUGUUUUGUGUUUGAGUGUGGGCUGUUCGUGUUAUUUGUAUGAGGGGAGGGUUAGUCUGCAUUUCUGUGUAUAUCUAGCAGUGUGGGUGGCUUCCCUGGGUUCCAGUGGGGACCAGGCUGGCCAGGUACAGGAGCUGCAAUAGCAGCUGCAGGCUGCUCUACUACAGUGUGGAUUCCCAUUCACAAGUGCUGGGAGGAACUGAUCUGAGAUCACUUACUCUACGUGCUGCAAUGCAUAAAUUGAGGAUUGUCCUUCACCACCUUUUCGUAUUGGCAGAUAUCUGAAGUUUCACUGGGACUCCUAAUAGGCCAGAGCCUGUUUGGCUCUAGCAGACUUGAGUGCCGUGGAAAGACACCUCGAGUGCCGUGCGUGGCACUAGUGCCGUAGGUUGCCUACCACUGAUCUAUACACUAAAACUGCUUUAUUUAGCUAAAGUAAUUUAGGUGACUAUAGUGUUCCUUUAAUUAUCUGUACAUUUUAAACACACAUUUUCCCCCAAUUCUUGGAUGUACCCCAAAACUAUAACCUACACCCAUAAAUCACAUAUCCCCUGAUAGCCCUGAUCUGGGUGAGCAACAUACUGAAAAAUCACCCAGAUCGGUUCAGGGGUUCACGAAUUUCCUGGAGGUCUUAGUUUUACCAACCGCACACGAGGUGUAAGCCGAAGAUAGUUCCAUGUGUUUUGGCCUUAUGGUCGGUCUCCGUUCGUGAGGUAAAAAGCAUGAAACUGUUUAAUAUAAUGGGUUCUCCCUGGAUUCGUAUGAUUCCCCUCAUUUGUAUGAUUCUUUUCACCGAAUGUCUUUCUGUUCUCUUAAGUUUCCACGAACGGGGUUGAGUAUGGAGGUCUCUGCGGUGUUCGCGUUGUCGAGUGUCAGAUUUGGGUUGCAGACACUCGACGACCAAACACCGCUGGUGCGUUCGUUUGGAAAGAUGUUCGCAUGCCGAACGGCGGCCACCCAGGGAAUACCCAGUGUGUUCGUGUGAUUGUCAAUUAAGGUAGUGUGAAUAAAGAUAGGGGGGUUCAAUUAGUGCCACACUCCUCUCCGGAGUGACCUAGUUGUUCGGUAGUUUGUUCGUUUCUCGAAUGGUACGACUUCAGAUGGUUGAAAGUAGAUUCUUACCAAACAACCAGACAAAUGAUAUAACAGAUAGUUACUUGUUACUUGUUUCUUCUAACUAAAGAACCGUGACAAAUAGUGUAAAAUACUGCAACAAUUAUGGGUAGGGACAGCCAACAAUAAAAAAAAUGAUGAGUAGCAAAACACAGUCCGCUACAGUUGGCCUUGAAUUAAAGUAAUAAUGUCUUCUUUCAGCGCAGUUUAACAUAGAAACAUAGAAUGUGACGGCAGAUAAGAACCAUUCGGCCCAUUUAGUCUGCCCAAUUUUCUAAAUAGCUUAUCUUAUAGUUAGGAUAGCCUUAUGCCUAUCCCACGCAUGCUUAAACUCUUUUACUGAGAUAACCUCUACCACUUUAGCUGGAAGGCUAUUCCAUGCAUCCACUACCCUCUCAGUAAAGUAAUACUUCCUGAUAUUAUUUUGAAACCUUUGUCCCUCUAAUUUAAGACUAUGUCCUCUUGUUGUGGUAGUUUUUCUUCUUUUAAAUAUAGUCUCCUCCUUUACUGUGUUAAUUCCCUUUAUAUAUUUAAAUGUUUCUAUCAUAUCCCACCUGUCUCGUCUUUCCUCCAAACUAUACAUGUUAAGAUCCUUUAACCUUUCCUGGUAAGUUUUAUCCCGCAAUCCAUGAACCAGUUUAGUAGCCCUUCUCUGAACCCUCUCUAAGGUAUCAAUAUCCUUCUGAAGAUACGGUCUCCAGUACUGCGUACAAUACUCCAAGUGAGGUCUAACCAGUGUUCUGUACAAUGGCAUGAGCACUUCCCUCUUUCUACUGCUAAUACUCUCCCUAUACAACCAAGCAUUCUGCUAGCGUUUCCUGCUGUUCUAUUACAUUGUCUGCCUACCUUUAAGUCAUCAGAAAUAAUCACCCCUAAAUCCCUUUCCUCAUAUGUUGAGGUUAGGACUGUAUCAAAUAUUCUGUACUCUGCCCUUGGGUUUUUACGUCCAAGAUGCAUUAUGUGUCUUGUGAGUGAUAAUAUUUGAAAUUUCACAUUUUUAAUAGGAUGAGUGUAUUUCAUUUAUUGAUUUUUAGAGUUAAUGUACAAAUAAAAGAAUUAAGACAGGCCCAUUUAUAGCACACGGUUAAUUUUUAUAAUGAUGAUAAGCAAAACUGUUCAGUAAACAGAGAAUCGUAGACUUUUCAAAACAAAAUUUCAGUGUUAAAUGGAUCCUAUAGGAACCCAGACCAAUUCAGCAUAUUGAAGUGGUCUGGGUACAGUGACCCUAAGCACAAUGUUUACAUUGCAGCACUAAUUCUGCCUGUAACGGCUGUCUACCGGACAGCCACUAGACACUAUUACACUGACACUAUUACACUGAUACACUGACACUGUUACACUGACACCAUUGCAUUCGCACACUGACACUAUUACACUCGCACACUGACACUAUUACACUAGCGCACUGACACUAUUACACUAGCGCACUGACACUGUUGCACACUGAAACUAUUACACUAUUGCGCUGACACUGUUGCACACUUCCUGUCUCUGUUUUAAUGUCUUCCUUUUCAUCUUUUUCAGUUUUGUGA